AUGUUGAGAGGUAGUUUAAAAGCUUUAACAAAACAAGCAGGCCGUCGUCUGUUUACCACUGCCGUUCCAGGGGCAACUUAUAAAACAUCCGUAUUACCAAAUGGCUUAACCGUCGCAAGUGAAUUCAUGCCUGGAACUAGAACCGCCACUGUUGGUGUAUACAUUAACGCUGGAUCCCGUGCAGACAGUCCCACCAGUAGUGGUACUGCUCAUUUCUUGGAACAUUUAGCGUUCAAAGGUACCAAAAAGAGAACUCAGCUUGGGUUGGAAUUGGAAAUUGAAAACCUUGGAUCACAAAUUAAUGCAUAUACUUCAAGAGAAAACACCGUGUACUACACCAAAUGUUUAGCUAGAGAUGUUGACCAAAACCUUGACAUUUUAAGUGAUUUACUUGCUCAGUCGAGAUUGGAAAAUAGAGCUAUUGAAAAUGAACGUCAUGUUAUCUUGCAAGAAAGUGACGAAGUGGACAAGAUGUAUGAUGAAGUUGUGUUUGACCACUUGCAUGCUGUAGCUUACAAAUCUCAAGAUUUGGGAAGAACAAUCUUGGGUCCUCGUGAGAAAAUCAAGACUAUCAACAGAAACGACUUGGUCAACUACAUCACCACAAACUACAAGGGGGACAGAAUGGCCCUUGUCGGUGUCGGAUGCGUCGAUCACGAAGAAUUGGUCGAACAGGCCAAAAAGUAUUUCGGCAAGUUCAAGCAAAGUGAUGUCCCAUUCAAGCAAAAUGGUGACGAUUUGCCUAUAUUCUAUGGUGAGGAAAUCAGAAUUCAAGAUGAUGCCAUGCCCACUACCCACGUCGCAUUGGCCGUGGAAGGUGUAAGUUGGUCAGCUCCGGAUUUCUUUGUUGCAUCCGUGGCAAAUGGUAUUAUUGGUACUUGGGACAGAACUAUUGGCAGUGGAUCAAACCAUCCAUCUCCAUUGGCAGUAACGGCUGCCACUGGUGGUCCAGGGGGCACUCCAAUUGCCAACUCGUACAUGGCAUACACCACCUCCUAUGCCGACACGGGAUUAUUAGGUGUUUAUUUCACCGCUGAUAAAGAUGCAGACUUGAAAUUGUUUGUUGAUGCUGUACAAAAGGAAUGGGGCAGAUUAAGCUCAGGACAAAUCACGGAAGAAGAAGUCGAACGUGCAAAAGCACAGCUUAAAGCUGCAUUGGUGUUGGCUUUAGAUGAUUCCACCGCUAUUGCUGAAGACAUUGGUAGACAAGUGGUCAACACUGGUUACAGAUUAUCUCCUGAAGAAGUAUUUGAAAGAGUCGAAUCAAUUACAAAGGAUGAUGUCGUGAAUUGGGCCAACUACAGAUGGAAAAAUAGACCAAUUGCAUUGGCUGCUGUAGGUAAUGUGAAAACAUUACCUUCCCAUAAAGAAAUCAGUAAAGGAAUGUCAUUAUAA